AUGGCAGAGACAUUCCUCGAAGAAGCGCAGCAGAUUGAAGCAGUGCGGAAACUGAUCUCGCCGUCGACUCGCACUACAGUUGGUGAACUGGCCACAAUGGACCCCCUCAGGUCGACGGUAAUUCACCCGAACUAUAAGAUUUCAGACGAGUACUGGAUUGUUGUCCUCGGCAUCGAUACGGUUGGUGGAACCCAGUUAGUGGAUAUCCUGGCCAGUGCCCUUCCGCGUCAAUGGUUGAUUACCACACCGGCCUUCCGACUGCACGUCUACGAGUUUCUCUAA